GUGGGCACAGGUGGGUGGCACUGCUGGGCACAGGUAGGUGGCACUUCUGGGCACAGGUGGGUGCACUGCUGGGCACAGGUGGGUGCACUGCUGGGCACAGGUGGGUGCACUGCUGGGCACAGGUGGGCGGAGCUAGUGGGCGCACUGCUGGGCACAGGUGGGCGGAACUUGCGGGUGGCAUUGCUGGGCACCGAUCAUCAGGGCACUGAUCAUCAGUGCCCUGAUGAUCGGUGCCAAUCCCCGCUCUGACAACUGCCGGUUCUCGGCAGUACUUUCCUCACGAUCUGACAGCGUGAGGAAAGUGCAGCCGAGAACCGGCACUUGCAU